AUGCCUGUAACACUGGACAGAAGGCCUAUGGGCACUUAUCCUUUUGGGGUUUUUCAUACCUCAUGGGGACCUACCUUUCGGACGGAGUCCGAACUCCAAAGCUUUCCUUCAGUUGGGGAUGUUCCCUCGUUAGCUGAUACAAUUUUGCAUAAUCUAAUAGCACAUUUAUUUUCAGUUAUAUUAUCACCAAUAAAUGUUAUUCAGUCAUGGAAUAGCAUAAAAAAUGACCUUCAACUUUUCGUAGAUUUUAGUAUAUUUUCGUCGAGUCAAAUUGAACAAAUUCACAGCGUUAGUAUACAAGAAAAAUUUCAAUUAUGGUUUAAAAAACAUUUCAACACUCUUCAAUUGAAUUAUAUUCCCUCGACUAGUUGGCCAUUACAAAUGGCUAUUGCUUUUUCGUCACUAGAAUAUUUUGAUACAUUUGCAUCAAAGAGUCGUGAUUGGAACAUCGGACUCUUUGCACAAUUUGAGACAACUAGCGAUGGAAAAGCAAUCAGUGAUAGACAAACAAGAGAUUUAAUAGCCGACAACAAGCGUCGACAAACUCUUAGUCAAUACGCUAUUCAGGAAGUAAUGGCUAUAAAUCAAAUAGCUGCACUCCUUCAAAAUAGCUGGACUCAAGCGAAUGCUGAAAAUUAUUUGAAGGAAUGUUAUAGUAAUUCUUAG